UUAUUCAUUGUUAAUUGAAAUCUACCACACCCACCGUUAAAAUGUCUACCAACAGUCACUACAUCAUCAGCCAGUCACACUGUUGUGAGAUUUUCAGGGAGAAAUCAGAGAAUAGUAGACUUAUGAAUUAUUCAUUGAGUAUUUGUACAGAGCAUGCGCACAAUACUAAUGAUAUUCAUAGUUUGCGUGAGUAUUUUCAGCCCCGCCUUCUUUGAGCUACACCCAUAACUUUGCAAAAUGCAGUCCGGACAGAUUAACAACACAUACACUGGACUCCUGUUUAAAGGUAAUCCUUCGGCUAAGGCCUGGGACCAAAUCUCAGCUCAGCCAGUUGACCUAACCAUCGAACCAAACACUGGAUCAUGGACAUUGGCCAUCUACAGGGACACUGAAAAGGUAUUGGAGGAGCCAAUCAAUGAUAAAAUGAAGAUUAAAAUUAGAGAUAACUUUGUGAACUGGACUGUACUGAGAGAUGGUACCACCAAAGUAAUGUAUGGAGUUAGAAUGAAGGAACUAGCUCAAGCUGUGAAGUUGAAUGAGGAGCUGAAUAGAGCAGCUGCUUCAAAGACAGUUGGAUCAGUGAAUGAAAGAGCACUGAGGAUCAAGAUGUCUGAUGAAGAAUAUGUAUCAAUCAAUUGUAAAAUGGACCUGUCAAUGCUCCAAGUAGUAAAGCAACUUGCAACAGUUAAACAGUUUGACUCAUCUAUGUACGCUCUGUCUCUUGCAAUGUCUUCUGACGGGUCCUCGCAGUCUUUAAAACCUUCCAGUCUUGUGAAGGACCUUGAGCCAUCCUCAGUCCUUGUAUUGAGACGAAGAAAGAAAACUGAACCGGCAAAGCCUACCAUUGAAAAACCUAAAACUGCAGCUGCUACUGAAACUCCAGGUGCUACUGUCAAGGUUACAUUUCCUUCCAGUGCUGUAAAGUCCUUUACUGUCCCACCAUCAAUACUGAUACCAGACCUUCUCUUGCUGGCCUGCACUGACCAAGGACUCAGUCCUGAUGUGCAUGAAUUUGAUCUGCCGAUUCAAAAUAUUUCUAAAAUAAAACUGCAGCAGUUGAGAUUAAGUCAAUUAACAAUUAUAAAGAAAGAUGUACCAGAGGUGACCAUGACAACAGAAUCAACUGAUGGCGGUGGACAUCAAAAGUAUUCUAAUAUAAAGAGGCCUCCGCCUCCUCCUUCUCCUUCUGCUAGACGUGCUACAGUAGCCACGCCCCCAACUAAAGCUCGUUCCCCCGUCAUUCAAGCUCACUUGAGACAUCGUUCCAGUACCGGUUCUAGUCCGUCCUCUAAAGAGAUUAAUGAUGCAAUUUCCACAAUGCUGACUCAGCAAGCUGUCGGCAAAGCCACACCCACCAAUAUGAGUUUAAGUCCUCUUGCAAUAAAACGUUCGGCAACUUAUGAUACUAAAAAAAGAGUAGCCCCUCCCCCUCCUCCUCCUGGUAAGGAGACCACACCCACUAUACAAACAUCACCUGUAUUGAUACACAACAAGGCCACACCUCCUUUGGGGAGAGAGGAGGUUGAUGGUGUUAUUAAAACUGGUUAUAAACAUCAUGGGAUACCUUUACCAAGUAUGGUAAAGAAGAAUGGCAAUGGAGGAAAAGGAAUAUCAAUAUCACCUUCGGUUGGUAGGAGGCAAUCCAAAGAAAAGAGACCUUCUCCUCCUUUAUCUUCUCUCCCUCCGUCCACUGUUCCUGUUACUGGCUCAUCUCCUACUGUUUCUAGGAAGCCAAUUCGUAAAGCUCCUGCCAAACCUCCUGAGGGCACCAGCUUAAAACCUGCACCAGAACCAGUACCUAAUAAACCUGCUCCAGACCCCCCAACACAAGUCAGACCGGCCCCUAUCAAUAAUGCUCCUGUUAUUUUUAAAAUCCCUCCACCUCCGCCAAGGAAGAAACCAUCAGAGACAACUGAAGUAGCUAAACCAAUGAUGGAGGAUAAGGGGAAAGAUGAGAGGAGGAGUAUUGAAGACAUGAAGAGAGAGAGAGAAGAGAGUGAGAGUGAUGAGGAUUCCUCUGAUGAAUCUGAUGACUCUUCUGUUGCCAUGGGCUACGAUGUACAGGAGAAGGAUGAGCAGACAUCAUCAUCUUCUUCUGAUUCUGAUAGUGAAAAUGAAACAAAGGAGCCAUUGAACUGGCAACAAUACCAGCAGGAGAAAGAGGAGGAGGAGGAGGAGGAGGAGGAAGGGAAAGAGAGAGAGGAGGAGGGAGAGAGUAGUGACAGUAGCAGCAAUGAUGAUGAUGAUGAUGAUGAUGAUGAAGAUAAUGAUGGAGAGAUUGUUUUAAUUGCUCACAAGAAAAGUGUUAUAGAUGAUGGCCCACCAUAUCCUCCUCUUGCUCUGCCUGCUGCCCCUCCCUCUCUUGAUUUCUCCUCUUCAGAUCCUGUUAUUAAUGAAGCUGUUCACAAACUCAUGAAUAUUAAUGAGGACCCAGUUCCUGAGAGAAAGAGAGUGGGUGGAGCUAACAGUACUGAUCUUAAAGAACUCGACAACAUGGUGGCAUCACUUCGUUCAUUGAUAGCCGAUACUUGUGAGAUAAGUGGAUCAGAGACUGAAGCUCCGCCUACUCACACCAAUGAGGCUCCACCCACUAAUAAUGUUGCUCCUCCUGCCCCUCCCCCUCCUCCUGGUCUUGGAGUUAAGAAACGUCCACCGCCACCAAUCGUGAAACCAAAACCAAAACCAAAGGAAGUACAAACUAGUGGGAAUGGUGAUGGUAUGGACGAGUUAAAGGAAAAGUUAAUGAAGAGACAAGCAAAAAUACAAGAGACAGAGACAAUGGCAGCUGGUGAAUCAUCAGUAACAACUGGACCAGUAACAGGAGCAGCUGCUGGUAGUGGACCAGUAACAGGAGCUGGUAGCGGACCAGUGGAAAGUGAAGAAAACAUUCGGAAAAUUAGUGAUAGUGGUCAGUUAUUAGGGGGUGGGGCUGGAGGAGGGGCUAAUGAUAUGCAGGCCCAGUUGAGUAUGUUACAACAGCAAAUGCUCCAGCAGCAAAUGAUGGCGCUACAGAGUCAGUUUCAACAAUUACAGCAACAGCUGCUAGCAGGAGGAGGAGGAGGGGGAGGGGCCCAGUUUAAUCCGCUAUUAAUGCAGUCUUUAUUAGCUGGUGGGAGUGGUCAAUUGCUGCCGGCAACACCUCAGUAUCCUCUAGGGGGUUACCCCCCUGUACCCUCAUAUUAUGCACAACCAUACACUGCAGUACCUCCUCCUCCUCCUCCUCAAUCUUAUGCUGCAGGAGCACCUGUAACACAACCUGUACCGUCAGUGACUCCACCCAUCAAUAUUGAAUCAGUGGCUCCGCCCACUAUUGGAUCAGUGGCUCCACCCACUAUUGGAUCAGUGGCUCCGCCCACUGGUACUGGGUCGGAAGGUGUGGUACAGAGGGAACGUAAAGUGUCUGAGGCUGAUAGACGGUCCGUGGCAUUAGGAGAGAGGGAGGGGCAGUUUGAUAAUCUAAUGGAGCAAGUUAGAUACACAAAACCAGACGAAGUUUUGAAUAAAGUACCCGAUGAUGAUGGUGAAGUUAGAUCAGACACAGAUGAUGUUACAGUAGCCAUUAGCAAAGCAAUUGAAGGAAGGAGACUGCAUUUAUCUACAUCUAUCGAAGCUGACAAUGUUGCUGACGAGGACGAGUGGGAGGAGAAUUUGUAAUAAAAA